AGUCGCGAGCGCAGUGCCCCGUCUAACUAGGUUAUGAACACACGUGGUGCCGAUCGAUUUUCAUUGUGACUGUGAUAUAUUAAAAUGGUGAAUAGUCCAGUAAACAUUUUGGAUUUGAACAAAGAAGGGAUCAGAGCGUUUUUGGAUUCGUUCGAUCACGUUUUCUCAGAUUGUGACGGUGUAAUAUGGCACAAUACGCCACUGGCAGGGUCAGGAGAAUUUUUCGACUUAAUGAAGAAACACGGAAAAACCGUUCACUACGUGUCUAACAACAGUAUAAGAAGCAAAGAAAAUUACGAUGCCAAAUUUAAAGCGGCAGGAAUUAAUGAUGGAUAUGAAAACUUGACGGUACCUUCAGUAGCAAUAGCGGAAUAUUUAAAAUCCGUAAACUUUAAUAAGAAAAUCUACUGUAUAACAAAUUCACAGACUAUAAAAACUCUGGAGUCUUACGGUUUCAGCUGUAAAUCUGGGCCAGAUGUCGGUGCGGACUUUUAUUCAGAUUACGUCCAAUACCUGGAGGAUGACGAAGAAAUAGGUGCUGUGGUUUUCGACAGUGACUUCAAAGUGAACUUGCCAAAAAUAUACAAAGCGAUCUCUUACUUAGCCCGCCCUGAUGUUUACUUCAUAAACGGUGCAAGUGAUAAACAUGUCGUUUUGAAGCCAGGACAUUUAAGUUUAGCCACUGGAGUAUUUACUGAAUUAGUCAUUGAAGAGACUAAACGAAUACCAAUACAGAUAGGAAAGCCAGGAAAAAUAUUUGGGGAGUUCGCUAUGAAGCGAGCAGGCCUUUCAGAUCCGAGCAGAAUACUCUUCAUUGGUGAUAUGAUCGAACAAGACGUGGGAUUAGGCAAACAGACAGGAUUCAAAACUCUCUUAGUGUUGACUAGCCUCACGAAGGAAGACAUGUUGAAUCAUGAAACAAUAAAACCUGAUUACUACGCCAAAUCCUUGGGGAGUAUAGUGCCAUUACUGAAAUUUUAAAAUAAAACAUCAUUGAAUUACUUAAAUGAAAUUCAGUUGAAACAUGUAACUACUUAACAGCAUUUAUUGACUACUAUCUUUUACUCGUGACUUCAUUCACAUGACCUGUGAUUGAUAAGGAAAAAUUAUAUCCAAUUUAUGUUCUUCCCAAAUAGUAUGUAUAUACCAAAUUUCAAUUGGUUAUUAAUCGAGUGUUAAGUUGCCAAAUUGUAACAGACAGACUUUCACAUAUAUAAUAUCUGUGAGGAUCGUCUUAACUGCAUUUGUUUAUCAGUACUUAUCUUUUUAGAUGAAUUUAUUUCUUAUACCAUUUGGUUGUGUUUAUAUAAAUAUUAUUAAUUAUUUAUGUACUUAAUAAGUAAUCUAAUUAAAGAAUUUGGAGAAAAAACAU